AUGAGGACUCCGCGCAUGCGCCGGGGCUCUGCAGCGCCGCUGGUGCUGAUGCUGCCGCUGCUGCUGCUGCUGGUCGCGACCCUGUCGGACGCCUACAAGGCCGUCUACAUCGUGCACGGACUCUUUAACCAACCCAGCCACCUGUCCAAGCUGAAAGGGUUCAUACAGGCGGUAAGACCUCCGUUCAUAGAGAAUGAGAAGGAGAAAUCAGAGGAAACUCACUUUUAUGCGUCUUGUUCAGUGCAUCCCGGUACCAAGGUGGUGGUGAUGGAUCUGUUCAACAACAUGGACAGCCUGGAGCCCAUGUGGGUGCAGGUCAGAGGUUUCGCAAAGGUCAUCGUAAACCUCAUGGCAAAGUUCCCCAGCGGUGCGCACCUGAUCUGCUUCUCUCAGGGUGGUCUUAUCUGUCGAGGAGUUCUCUCCAUACUCCCAAAUCACAAUGUGCAGAACUUCAUCGCGCUGUCAUCGCCGAUGGCAGGGCAGUACGGAGUGCCAGGGGACGUGGAGCAGUUUAUCCCCGUGGACAGAAAGAGGGAUGUGGAGAAGAUCUGCUACAGCCCGGUCGGACAGGAGUUGUCCAUCUGCAACUACUGGAAAGAUCCUCACCACAUAGAUAAAUACCUGAAGAGCAACAACUUUCUGCCGCUGCUGGAUGGUGAACAACCCCACAGAAAAAUGAAAGAGUGGAGAAGGAACUUCCUGCGCAUCAAGAAGCUGGUGCUGAUCGGAGGCCCGAAUGACGGCACCAUCACUCCCUGGCAGUCCAGCUUCUUUGGCUUCUACAACAAAAAUGAAAGAAUCGUAGACAUGAGGCAUCAGCAGUUUUACAGGAACGAUGCAUUUGGUCUGAAGACGCUGGACGCUCGUGGUGAUAUCGUCAUGUGCAAUAUCGCAUGGAGGAAGCACAGCGACUGGACCAACACCUAUCCAGUGUUCAUGGCCUGCAUAGAGAGGUGGCUCACGUAA